AUUCGAAGUGUGUUCCUGAAACCAGCUUCCAAACCGACAGCAAAAAUUGUGGCAAAUGUGGCGUCAAGGUGUAUUCAUGAAUCCUUUGUGAUGAAGGGCAAACUUGUUGCGAUUCCAAGUGUAUGAGUGCGACGCAGUUGCAGAGUGAUGGCAAGAAUUGCGGAAAGUGCGGGACCAAGUGUGGCGGGAGCACGACGUGCUGCAACUCCGAGUGCCUGCCCAGAGACACAUUCCAGAGCGAUCCCAUGAAUUGCGGCAAGUGCGGAAAUAAGUGCCCAGAAAGCUUCAACUGUCACUCAGGCCACUGCCUCGAGCCACACACCUGUACAACAGGUGUCUCCCUCCUCGAAAGCUGCCAAGAACCCAUCGUCAGCGGAUCAAGCUGCGGUGCUGGAGAAGACGAGCUGUGUGACUGUAUGGAGCCUGUUCAAGGCGACCCGUUCUGCGGCGCGUUCGAUGGGCAGUAUUGUCAGGAUAUGUGUAAUUCUGAUAAAGACUGCCAGAAUAGCAAAGGGAAGAAGUGUGCGAGAAGAGACAAGACUUGUUGUUCGGCGGUAACUACUGAUGAUAAGAUUCACAAGACGUUUAAGGGGGUGUGCUUUGAAGCUUGUGCAGGGAAAUAAGGUCCAGUACCAUUGGUGGCUUGAAUUUCUAUGUCUCUCACAGUCUGAACUCUGCUCUACUCUGGAAUUCAGCAACACAGCGGUUAUAGGAAGUUUGUUGAUACGAAUAUGUUACGCGUUCAACAGAAUUCACGCCAGUCUACCGAGGAGCGUCAUUGGUAGUAGAAGUCGUUCAUCGCCGC